GACACACCGGACAGACGCAUCAUGGCGGCGUCCACGCUGAGUCCCGUGCUUUCGCCCUUAAUUAGGUUAACAUGCAAAAGGAACGGAUUUAACACAUUUAUUUUACUUAACCAAAGAUUCGCAUAUUCCAUAAGACUGCAGACGAGCAAUGGCGCUGGGAGCCAAGGUGUAUUAGAGAGAGGCAGUCGGGGCCCGAGGAAACCGAGACGGGCGGCUGGAGAGCCGCGGACAGAGCGGAUGGUGGUGGAUCAGGACUGGACUGCAGUUUAUCCCACCGCUAAGCCUUUUAAACCCGAUGCUGUGCCACUACCAGUGCGAAUGGGCUACCCAGUGAAAAGAGGAGUGCCUCCUGAGAAAAAGGGCAAUUUGGAACUCAUAAAGGUUCCCAACUUCUUACACUUAACCCCAGCUGCCAUCAAGAAACAUUGUGAAGCGCUCAAACCAUUCUGCACCGAGUGGCCUGCCGCACUGGACUCGGAUGUGAAGUGCGAGGAACGUUUUCCCAUCCAGAUACAGACCAAGGACUUCGUGUCUGCUGGACCAUCGCUCAGGAACCCAGACGCUCGUAUCGUCACACUCACAGUAAAGCUGUCCAGUUUGAACCUAGACGACCAUGCCAGGAAGAAAACGAUCAAACUGUGCGGAGAGCGUUACAACAAAGAUACAGACAUGCUCACCAUCACCACUGACAGUUGUCCACUGAGACAGCAGAACUAUGACUACGCCAUGUACCUGCUCACUGUUCUGUACCACGAGUCGUGGAAAACAGAGGCGUGGGAGAAAGAUAAGACACGAGCUGACAUGGAGGAGUACGUUUGGGAGGACAGCCCCUCUCAGAAGAACAUUCUGGAAACUCUGUCGCGUAUGCGUCAAGCACAAGAGAACUUGGAGGAAGAGGGAGGAGCGCGGGAGGAGCUGCUGGGACGGCCAGAGGUGCAGGAGUACAAAAACUCCGUGACCAAGCUCAAGAACGACGGAGAGACAGAGAACAACCUGCAGCAGUACAAGGAGGCAGUGAAGAAACUACUAAACGUCUAAAAAAAAAAAAAAGUAUAAAUAGCUGAAAGAAGAUGCCACUUGUUUCCAUGAAGUUAAAAGAUCCAUGAACAGUUUUCAGCUGUUUGCCAUAAUGCAGUUCUGUUGAUACAUUGGAUCUCAUAAAUGAUCACUUUAAGAUGUUUGAUUCAUUGAGUUUAUCUACCAAAUACCUUCAUUCUGUAUUCUCCGUCUUUCCCGUCUGUCGUCUAUUCUCUUUAACGGCAAAUAAAAUCUUUGCACCCAA